AUGAAUGGCCUGAACACCACCGUUGAGAGAACAUUCUGGCAUACUUUAUCACAGGGUAACAAACCUGUGGAUCUGAGAGCAGACCCACAGUAUUCAGGUCGUGUACAGUACAGGUGUGAUAAGAAGAGCUGCACUCUGAGAAUCACAGACCUGAGAGAGAGCGACUCAGCUGAGUACAAGUUCAGGUUCAUAACAAACCAACAUCACGGGGAAUAUUCUGGUUCACCUGGAGUCACUCUGACUGUCACAGGUUUGCAAGCAUCAACAGGAUGCAGAUAUAGAAGCUGUUCACUGUCACAGCUGAAGUGUCAGAGCAGUUGUCGUCUACCUGAUCAUUCUUCCUACGUCUGGUACAAAAAUGGAGAGAAAAUUCAAACAUAUCUUUAUUUUUCAGUCGACUUUGAUUAUGCAGACAGUAUUUCCUGUGCUGUAGCAGGACAUGAGGAUUCCCCCUCUCCUCCAGUGUGUGUUCGUAGUCAAUCCUGCAACAAAGUGACGUACGCUGACAGACGCAUCUGUGCCUUCAAAGGCUCAUCAGUGGACAUUUCUUGCACUUACAACAGAUACAACAGAUACAUCAGGUCUAAACUGUGGUUCAGUCCUGGACGUAGUCUCCAGUGGCAGAGUCCCUCACAGCUGGACUCUCAGCAUCGUGUUCAGGUCCUUGAUGAAGGUGGACGACGCUCCACUCUGAGAAUCAGUGACCUGAGAGAGAGCGACUCAGCUGAGUAUCGCUUCACAUUCACAGCAGGAAGCUUUGAAUGGGGGAGGAGUUUACCUGCUACAACUCUGACUGUCACAGAUCCAGAUUUACAGGUGCAGGUGAUCUGGUCUCUCACUGGUCCAAAGCUGGUUUGUCACAGCAGCUGUCUUACUAAUCGUUCUUCCUUCAUUUGGUAUGAGAAUGGAAAGGAAAUUCGAGAAGCAACUUCUCCAUCUUACAGAGGACACGUCGAUCCUGCAAACAACUAUUCCUGUGGUUACAAGAAUUACCGCUCUCUUCCAGUGUAUGUUCCAACGAUUCCCAUCGUGUCAAAGAGCCCCCCUGGAGACAUUAUGAAGAACAGUUCAGUGUCUCUGACCUGUACAAGUGAAGCUAAUCCAGUCCCUAAAUAUUACUGGUACAAGAACAAUCAAACACUACUCAGUGAAGAACCACAGCUUGUCCUCAACUUUGUCCAGUCCUCUGACUCUGGAGACUAUUACUGUACAGCUGAGAACGAGCUGGGGAAGAUGAAAUCUGAAUAUAUCUCUGUUAAUGUCAAAUAUGGUCCAGAGACAUCCACUUUGUCAGUCUGUCCCUCUGCUAAGAUAGUGGAGGGCAGUUCAGUGACCCUGAAUUGUAGCAGUGAUGCUAACCCUGCAGCUAAUUACACCUGGUACAAGGACAACCAAACACUGAUUAAAGAACCACAAGAAAUGUAUCAUUUCAUCUCGAUCAGCUCUGAGGACACAGGAAGCUACCACUGCAAGUCUGAGAACCAAUAUGGACAAAUCAACUCUUCAUCCCUCUUCAUAGAUGUCCAGUAUGGUCCAAAGCUUCCCUCUGUGUCAGUGAGUCCCUCUGCUGAGAUAGUGGAGGGCAGUUCAGUGACUCUGAGCUGCAGCAGUGAUGCUAACCCAGCAGCUAAUUACACCUGGUACAAGGAGAAUGAAGACUCACCAAAAGCAUCAGGACAGAACUUCACCAUCACUGACUUCAGAGCUGAACACAGUGGGAAUUAUUACUGUGAAGCCCAGAACAUAAGAGGAAGCCAUAAGAACACCUUACACCUAACUAUUGGGCCAGGUGCAAAGAAAUCAGCAGCUAUAGGAACCACCACUGCCUUUCUCCUGGUUAUCAUAAUCCUUGCUGUUCUUCUAUGGAUGAGAAGAAAUACACAACACUGUGAAGGUGGACAGAAACCCAUUUGCAAAACACAGCUAAACAUGAGUCCAGUGUAUGACAAUACAUCAGCUGUAGCACUGAGACAACCAGCAGAACAGCAGGAUGACCUUCACUACGCCAGCAUCUGCCUCGCUGUGAACCAGGAAGUUGCUCUGUACUCCAACAUCAGCCUGGCUCAUCCCCACAGACAAAUAGAGACAGAAUACAGUACCAUUAAAACUGACAAUGACAGCAGUGCCCUGCGAACAAGACAUCAAAAAGACAGGGGGGAUUCAUUUGCACUGUACAGCACAGUCAACAAAAAUUAUGUGUAGCCACAAUGAGGUUAUUAUUGUUAUUUUGUACUUUGUAUGGUGCACAGGAGAAAAAUCCGGAGUCCAAUUCCUUGUAUGGUCACACGUACUUGGCAAAUAAAGCUGAUUCUGAUUCUGAUUCUAAUACUGCAAAUUCCAGACAAUCAUGGCCAAGUGCAGCAUCAAGGCAGCUGUCAAAAAUGCAAACAUGUGAGGGGGUUGUUUUGGUUCUUCUUGUUCUUGUUUUGUGUGAGCUAACCGAAUUCUUAUCAACUAUGUUGAAAUGGCAAUAAAGUAUCGAAGUUUUUAAUUUGGAA